GGCACAUUAAACGCACCAAUGGAGCAUGCAUCACCUGGAGGUCCUCGCCAGCAGCUCCCGCCGCUGCAGUACACUCCAUCGGAACAGGGAAUCCUUGACAGCUACCGCGGUGCGUCCGUCCACCGAGCGGGAAAAGUAAACUCGGCUGUGUCGCUUCCGUCCAUGCAAGAAACACCGACACGCGACGACUGCGACACCCCUUCGCCGCCACACGAAAACACUACCGCAUCAAGGGAUACAGCUCCGUUCGCUGCGUCAAAUCGCGUGCUCCCCGUGGGAGGCAUGCCAACCCCGCCCCCUGCGGUAGAUCAUGCAACGCCGUGUCCCUUGGCAGCCACCGAGUCGGUCGGGAGGGCCCUGUUGAGGCGGGUCGUCGCGUUCGUGUUCUUGCAAGCAUGCCACGAAAACAUUGACAUUUACCAUGACGCAACGCUCUCGUUUGCGUGGAUGAUUCACCCAAACUCCAACUUUCGCAAGAUUUGGGACACCACGAUUGCGUUCAUGGUGCUCUACGUGUGCUACGUCACGCCGGUCUACUUGGCUUUCGAUUUCCUCAAGUGGGACCUCUUGUCUCCCGUCGAGACGUUCCUGAACGUGUGCUUUGUCGCGGACAUGAUUCUGUCGUUCCGGACGGGUGUGUUUGCGUCGGGCGAAGUCCGCAUGGACGCGAGAUUCGUCGCCCAGCACUACCUCCGGUCGUGGUUCUUGAUCGACCUCAUCUCCAACAUCCCAUUCGACAAGGUGUUUUCCGACAGCUCCAUGAACAAACAAAACUCGACCAUGAAAUUCGUCAAGCUCGAAAAGCUCCCCAAGCUCCUGCGCUUUGGCAUUCUCCUCAAAUACUUGCGCCAGUACGCCAAGUACUACAACUUGCUCUUGACGUCGUCUGCCAUGGUGCUCUGCCUCCACUGCUUGACUUGUUUCUGGGUGUACGUCUUUAACGAGUGCGACACGAUCGGGUGCCCCCCCGACGAAGCAUUUGAACUGUACACACAAAGCUUUUACAACGUCCUGCUCUUGUUUUUGGGCAUUGGCGAGGGAUCUUCGUUCCAAGCGUCGCCGUACUUGAGCUCACCGUCGGUCACAGUCAAGCCGUCCAUGUACGGGCUAUGCAUCGCGAUCGCCAUUAUGGGAGCCAUGAUGUGCUCCUUCAUGUUUGGCAACAUCCUGACCCUCAUGAUGAGCUGGGACCAGCAAAGUUCGAGCUUUCGCAACCGCAUGGACGUGAUCUCGUCCGAAAUGAAGCACUACAACUUACCUGGGGAGCUCCAGCAUCGCGUGAAGCGCAAUUACGAUUACUUGUGGAUUAACCAGCGGGCAUAUGCUGACAUGACGCUGCUCAACCAACCUGGCCUGUCUAAGCCCCUGCGGACCACGAUAGCACUUCACUUGUUCGACAUGCCAUGCAACCUAACGACGCCUCCAACCCCUCUCUGGCUCUUGUCUAGGUACAAAGACUUGCUCAACACAGUACCGAUCUUUGCCGGAUCCGACUCGAAGUUCCUUGGCAAAGUUUGCAUGGCGCUCGACACAGCCGUGUACCUCCCUGGCGACAUCAUCAUCCAUAAGGACGACAUUGGCCGCGAAAUGUUUAUCGUCCGAAAAGGCCAAGUCGAAGUCUUGACCGCCGAGAGCCCGACACCCCAGUCCACGUACCGACGUAUGUCGCUAUCGAGCAAGCACCUUUCGACCGUCCCAAACUCGCGCAUCAUCCUGCACGAUGGCGACUUCUUUGGCGAAACUGCCCUCGUUGCUGAAGUUCGGCGAACCAACACCGUAGUCGCCAUUACGAUUUGCGACCUGAACGUGUUGAGCAAGCAUGCUUUCAACGAGAUCUUGGCCGAAUAUCCCGAGUUCGGCACCAAGAUGCAGCAGUCCGUUGUGACUCGUCAGCUGGCCAACAUGAACAUUCGGUCGCCCACGACGAAGAAGAAGGUCGAGAACCAACUCAACCACUUGGUCCAAAAGUCCAUGAUGCGCCGGCGCUUGAGCAAUACGUGGAAGGGCGUAUACAAGGCCAAGAAGAUGGCAGAUAAGCUCAAGAGCAUUCAAGAAAGGGCCAAAAAGACGGACGAGACUGGGACGGGAGGCGACGGCACUGCGAGGCGGUCGACGCGAACGACGUUCAUCGCCAACUUCUUGAGCAAAGUCCCGAGUAAGCGAGGGUUGCUGGAAAUGCUACCUCGAAGCAGCGGCGGAAACCUCUUGACAUCACGAAGCAUGCGCCGUGAGUCCAACAAGAAGAGUUUGGAAUCCAAAAACGACGAUGUUGUGGGGGACGACGAUGGCGCGGACGAGACUGCUGCAGCCAUGGAUGCUGACAACGCUGUGCCAAACGAAGUCGCAAUAGCCCCACGCAAGCGCAAAAUGGCCGCCGCGGCUGGUGAUUUAGUCAGCCGACGGCUCAAUGCGGCGGAGAUCCAAGCCAAGUUUGUCCCGUUCGCGCUGCUGGAAAUCAAUACGAUGGUGCUCGACAUUAAGGAGGCGCUUGAAAAGGUCCAGCGGAAGCUCGCGGUGACAAAUGUCGAUAGCGACAGCGACGACGAUGCCGUUCCUGCGCUCAAAUCAGACGAACUGAACGAGCCCAAGAUGGCAAAUUACGAUCUUGCCUACGCAACCACCGAUGACGAGGCACUAUUGAAAGGAGACAUGACACCAGAAGAUGCAGCUGCCCUGGAGCGUCUCGCGAAGAUGCAGAAGGACCAAGAUCAGCUCUUGGUGUCCACGGCAAACCACCCGCCCGUUGAAUCUCCAAGUUCUGCUGCAUCGAUUUUAGACUCUCAACUACCCAGCGACGUGAAGGAGCCUGCGCCACCACCAAAGCCACAUUCAAAAAAGCGGAAGAGUCGGAAAACAGAGCGGUAAUGGAAAUCGACAUGUGUUGGAACUUUGUCUUAGACAGCAGGAGUUGGUUGGUACGACGAGAGCACCGAUGUCAGGAUCGCUUGGAUGUCGGCGGUUUGAGUGUCGCGCGAUUUUUUGCCCAAGUUGCCCAGCACGGUCUCGUUGAGCUGAGUUUUUCGACACGCAAUGUCGAAGAUGGACUUAUCUACGGACUCUUCGGUAACCAAUUUGUACACUGUCACGGGCUUGGUUUGGCCGAUGCGGUGACACCGAUCCAUGGCUUGGGCAUCGAUAGUAGGGUUGAAAUCUAAGUCAUGGAGGAUCACGGUAUCGGCGGCGGUCAAGUUGAUGCCCAUGCCGCCAGCACGGGUACUGAGGAGGAAGCAAAAGAUAUUGGGGUCGUCGUUGUACUCGUCGAUGAGAGACUGUCGCGAUUCGAUGUCUGUGCUUCCGUCCAAGCGAGUGUACCGAUGGUUCGUGUGAAUCAAGAAAGUUUCGAGCAAAUCGAGCAUCUUCGUCCACUGCGAAAAGAUCAGCACACGAUGCUUCUCGGCCUUGAGCUUGGGUAGCAGCUCGCGCAGCAGGUCAAACUUGCCAGAGUCAAGCAAUUUAUCGGACGGCAAUUGAAGUGCCAGCAUUUCAGGAAUAUGCGCGUACUCAAGACACAGUUGAUGCAACUCAAAGUCAGAGUAACCUUCGAUCUCAUUCUUCACCAUGUCCAAGGAGCACUCAGUGCCAAAUUCGCCAUUUCGGUACAGAUGCCGUGCAAAGACUUCCAUCACGGUCGGCGAUUCGUAGUGCUGUCUCAAAAGCACUGGGUGAUUGGCGGCUUUCCGAAGCAGCGUAAACACGUUGCUGUCGGACGUUGGAUCGUUUUUACCCUUGCCAGGCACAAUGGUUGAUGGCGCACGACCCAUGAGGAGCUUCAUUUCUCGGGACGGUUUGGUUCUCUGUGUGGUACUGUCCGACGCACUAGAGACACCUUUCUUGGCCUCUUUUCGCAGCAGCGUUGUUUCGAUAACUUUGUUGUACACCGCCAGUUGAUGGGCAUUCAUCUUGACGUUCUGGACAACUUCAGUCUUCGGGACCAUUUGUGCCAACACGAGCUUCUUUAAACGGCGCAGGAUGAACGGAGCAAGAAUUCGUCGAAUCUUCGAGCAUGACGUUUUUUCUUCACCACCAAAGAAUUCCAGUAGCUCAUCGGAUCCAUGGUUAAAUAUCGUUGGCAUGAGAAAGCUCAGCAGUGCCAGCAAUUCGCUUAAGUUGUUUUGGAUCGGUGUUCCGCUCAAUACGAGUCGGUUACGGGUCUUCAAGGCCGAUAUUCGCUUGAACCGCGACGUGUUGGAGUUCUUGAUCGUGUGUCCUUCAUCCAAAACCAAGUACCCGUAGCUGAAACUGCGCAGAAACUUGCGAUCCUCCGACGCACUGUCGCGCUCAAAGUACGUGUAUGUGGUCAGGAGAAUAUCAAAUGUGCCGGGUUGUAGCUCGUCCAUGAUCAAGUUUCGUUCGUCAAUGGAACCGUGGAAUGUACGCACACGCAACGUCGGUGCGAACCGCUCGAUCUCUCGCUUCCAGUUGCUCAGAACGGAUGAAGGCACAAUGACCAGAUGGGGUUGUUUCAUCUGGGAGCACACCAUCGCGAGGAAUGCAAUUGUUUGCACGGUUUUCCCGAGGCCCAUUUCGUCGGCAAGUACUGCCGACACCUUAUGUUGGUAAAGCAAGUAGAGCCAAUUGAUGCCAACAACUUGGUAUGGCUGCAGCACCAGCGACGGAUUCAGGCCGGGAAUAUCUUUCUGAGUCAGCAUUCGUUCGUCGUCUUUGAUUGCCGUGAGAGCAACUUCCUCGUCGGUGUUCGACUGGCCCCAUUUCGCAAUUGACAGACGCAACGUGCUCGAAAUUGCUUCACACGAUUGCAGCAUGCCAGCAACUUCGUCUUGUUUCGACCGCUUGGUAUUGCUGCGCUUGUCGUAGCUGUCUCCAUCAUCUGAGUCGUCGUCGUCAUCGUCGUCGUC